GUUGGUUAGUUGGGUGAUUGAUACAGCUGAAAAUUUCUCGCAAGUUUAUUUUCUGCCAGUGAAGAUAAAUACAUCACCUAUCCGAAGCGUUCCACGGUAGCACCUCAAGACGCAGUCCUAGGAAAGUCACGACCCCGAACCGUGUACCUCGGUGGUUACCAUAUGUUGGAAAGAAAUUCAUAGCCAGUUCCAUUCAUUUCUGGAGAGAAGACCUGCAUUUUUGGGGUGAUCUGGAUCCGAAUUCCGCUGCUCGCGAUGAGAAGAUAAUAAAUCAAUAAGCAUGCCACGUAAUGUUACCAACAGCAGAGGACUGUGAUAUGACGCGGAUGCAGCUACUAUCGAACAGGAAUUGAAGGCAAAACAAUAAGGACGUCGCAAGAUACGGUUUAUUCAAAGGAAGUCGUUAGGAAGAAGGAUUUUAAGUGAAAAGUCACUGCGGUCUGCAGAGCUCACGCACAAUAUUAAGGAAGUUGACGUAUUAAUCACACACUCACGCAACAGUGAGUAGGAUGCCCCUGCUAUAUCGCAUAGUCAGCUCGCUGCUGGGAAUCAUCCUAGCCAUUCGAUCGUUCACUUUGGCAGCUCAACACGAUGUCAUUUACGCUAUCAAUGCCGGUGGCGAAUCACACAUUGACUCCCACGGGAUCAAGUACGCCCGAGACCCUUUGAUGGGAAAAACAGGAACGGAAUCCGACUACGGCAAGCAACUGCUGAUGAUUAAUCGUGUCAAACCGGACGAUGAACUGCUGUAUCAAACUGAACGGUACCACCACGACACCUUUGGAUACGAGCUACCCAUCGCCGGUGAUGGAGAGUACGUGCUGAUUUUGAAGUUCUGCGAAGUAUACUUCAAUGCUCCUAAUAUGAAAGUGUUCGAUGUGUUACUCAACAGCCGUCACAUGGCCAUAACGGAUUUGGAUAUAUUCUCAUUGGUUGGAAAGGGGACUGCUCAUGAUGAGUAUGUGUACUUCACCGUUUCUCGAGGUAGACUGUAUUUCAAAGAGGAAGACUCGGAGAUUCGAGGGGGCAAAGUGAAACUGGAAUUCCUCAAGGGUUACAAAGACAAUCCGAAGGUCAACGCAAUUGUCCUGAUUAAGGGCUAUGAUGAAGCGACUUUGCCUCGCUUGGCAUCGUUGACAAGUGAACAACCGGCACAGGAGCUGCAUGGGGACACGCAAAACGAACCCAGUUCCGUCGGAGAUGGGGAUGUCCAGAACGAUGCUAAAGCUAAACAGCGCAAGACCAGCGGUCCGAAGCAACCCAAUCCGUAUUCACUGGACGAAUCGUCCAUGAUGUUGCCGGUGUUCAUAGCGAUCGGAGCAUUUAUUCCACUGCUUUUCUGUUUGUGUCGACUGUGAUUUUGUUGCAAGCAAGCUCAUCUUGAUUUUAUAAGUAGACAUAUAGGAACGCACGGUUCUCGGGAACGAGUUCCAGUAAGUUUGUUGAAAUAUUUUUAAUUAGCAAUCACUUUUAUUUUUAACAUUCGAAACAUGGGUGUAUCGGUUCAGUUGUAAUACCUCUGCAAGGUCGGGACAAAGGAUUGGGAUUUGAUAAUACUUAAUGGAAAGGGUUUGAAUGCGUAUUUAACGUGAAUUCGAGGCUAUGAAAUUUAACGUAACAAAAUUUCUCAGCCUCGAAACAACAUCAAAACAAGUGUUUGUUCCAGCGGUAGAUAUAUUCAAUUGUAAAUAGCUCAGAGCAAACGGCGAAAAAUAAUAAUAAUAAUGAAAAAAAAAUAUACAACUGUUUCGGAAUUGUGUUCAAAACACUGUCCUUAGACAGAAUCGAUUUUAGGGACGACAACGGUUAUCAUUGUUUUCGGUAGCUUAAAACUACGGCAGAUUCUUACCAUUCAGCAGCAUAUAUUUAAGUACUACACUCAAUUCUGCUUCUACGCGAUUUUUGUUUUCCGUUCGUAUUUUUGAUGGUGUGAUCUCAAAUUUCAACCAACUUGUUUUAAAAAAAUUGAAAAAUAAUCAAGCAAAAAUUAGGUGGUAUUGAAAUUUAGUUGUAGGUCAUUUGGCAUAAUGGUCGAUUGGCAUAACGGUAAUUGCUUAAUGGCGAGUUUUACUGUUUUUGAUUUUGUGAGUCAAUAUGUAUGCUAAUAUGUUGCGGCCAAACGUGGCACAAUCUUGAAAUGUGUGUAGUCGUCCUAAAUGAGGCCAAAAUCGAUAAAAUCAAAAUCCCAUAAAAACAGAAUUGAGUGUACUAUUAUUACUCAAGUUAAUGCAUUUGUGUAAACCGAACGCUCAAAGUUGUGUUAUUCCUUAAUGAGUUAGGUGAAUGUUUCGUUCUUCUGACUGCGGUAGCUCAGUUCAAGAAAGGCAGCAGCUCCCAACUUGUACUUAUUUUAAUUAGUCUACUAGGGUUGAAGUUGUUGAGAGGAGCAUCCAAAAAAAAAAACAUGUUUGCAAUGCAUGAGACUAUUUAUAGGCAGGCUUAGGUAGUGAACCGAGACAUGCACGUGAUUUUAUUUUCGUGAGGGUUCUCUUAGAUGAGCGAUUUUUUCAUUAAUCCUAUAUUUAAUCGACUGGUUCCCGAAACCAACUUGGGUAAGAGAUUAAAACAUUUUACCCGAACCAUGGUGAAAAUGGUCACGUGCACCCUCGUUUCACUACCGUUGCCUGUUCAUAGGAUAUUAAUUUAAGGGCAGUCAUUUUUUUUCUUGUGUUGGAUUGUAGUUUUAGGCAGUUCAAAGAGUUUUUAUUUGUAUGAAGUGGAAACAAACUGCUGGCGUGCAGCAUGUAUCAAUAGAUGAAACAAUGAAAGCAAAACAAAAUAAAGUUUUAAUGAUUGAA